CAACGCCGGCGUCUUGCUUCUUGCUCUACUUUCUCUCGGCCUUCAAUGCUGCUACCCCCGUAUGAUGAUUAUCAGUCGAUGUAAAUAUAUUAUUAACCUCAUUGUAAAGCUCACUGCCGUAUAUUCCAACCCGUCAUCGGGUCUCAGUCAUGGUCCAUUUGACAUUAUUAACAACCAAGAUACCUUGACUCGUCCAUAAUGCGUGGUGUGAGCCAGGCAGCAGUAUUACUUCUACUACCAACUCUAGGACCUGUCAUCACCCACGGUCAACCAACACGCAGGCGUACUGCAGACGCUGCGAUAGACGAACGUCCUGUACUUUGGUGGCGAGAUACGGACGGGGUCGUUGUCCAAUUCCAAACGCCAUGUGCGGGGUGUGAGAGCAAGUACUUGCCAAUUAAGCUGGGUACUGCAAGCAACAACGGCGUUUGCGAGAAUGUCACGGUUUCUGUCAACGGGCGAGAGCUUAAGCAUCAAUGGGACGGCAAAUCGGCAUCAGGGUCGGGUACAAUACCUGUCAGUUCGUCACAUUACGAAGAGACCGAGUUACUGGCCAGUUGGCAGAGCAUAUGCUUGACGGCUCCUCUCGACGCCCUUUCAGGACGGGAUGCUCAUAUCUUAACUCUUGUCCUCAAUAAUGGGACGAGCUCUUCCCAAGACAACGUCGGUUUUACAAUAUCCUUCACAUUCGUGGAGCAAAUCGAGAUUCUUCGAGUUUCCAACUUCCCAAUUCAACUCAGUGAUGAAGAAUGGGAAACAUGGAGCCGUCCACAAAAUGCAGGUGCUUCCACAACCGAACAAAACACAAGCCCGGAACAGGUCAAGCCAGAACUAGACUCCAUGAAGAUUGAAGUCGAAAUCGAAACCGAGCUACAAAAGCUUCAAUAUCUUCGAUAUCAGUCUGAGGUAAUACAGCAUUUGAUCAACUCACAAGAAGAGAAGAUCCACGAGCUACUCCGUCAAGACUGCACAUCGUUGUUCACACAGUGGAAGCAGUGCAAUACUCUCGCCUGCUAUUUUGAAUCUUCAUGGAAAUCUGUACCUGAAAUAUACCGGUCGAUAAAAUACCGCUUCGGCCCUUUGGAAUCUCAGAGACUUUUCCCAAUCUGUCCUCCCCCAAAAGCCGGAGAUGCCUAUAUCAAUGACCCUCCAGCCCCAUCCGCAGAAAUUCCUUCACCAACUGCACCAGCAUCAGCAUCUUCCCAGCAUACCGCUACCCCAUCUACAACAAGCACCUUUCUCGCUCUCCCCGCCAUCACCGACAUACCUCCAUCCCUCGACAUCCCACACCCCCUCUCCGAAAAACACAACGACAACUUCCUCACCUUCGACAUCCCCCUCGACUCCCCAACCAAAACCUCUCUCCGCUCCUACGCCAUCCUCGCGCUCAUCAUCCUCAUCCUGACACUCGUCUUCCGCACCCUCCGUCGCUCAACAGCCUUCCGCCGCCGCCGCCGAGACCUAGCCUCUCGCCGCGAAGAACAACGCACUCGCCGCGCAUACCGCAAUGCCGCGCGCCGUCUACGCUGGCGGCAGUGGUGGGAAGGCGGCGGCAGCGACGAAGUAGUCGGUUCUGGAGCCAGAGCCGGUCGGGAAGGACCAGGAGCAAGGACAGGUCGAGAAACAGGCCGCUCCUCAUCCCUUGGCCGCAGCGUGACAUCCAGCCACUCCCUCCCGGAUCUCGAUCAUCCACCCAACACAGCGGCCUUACAGCACUCUAACAACGACGCAAACCCCUUUCCCUCACACAAUACCGCUGAAGAGAGCGGCGGGAUAAUGCACGCCGAAAUCCUCGGCCUGCGACGGGUACUCGAGUACGUAGGCGAAUUAGUCGAGACUAAUAACGACAGUAACUCAUCACGACGAACCACAACCACUCGCUCGCGCUCACAUUCGCGGCCGCCGCCGCAGUAUGAGGAUAUUGAUGGGCAGAUAGCAGGGGUUGGCUCGCCGAGGGCAAGUACAAUGUUUAGUCUGGAAACUGGGUCGUUGGUUACGCUGGAGACACUGGAUACGGAUACGCAGGGCUCGGAGGGAGCGCCGCCGUCGUAUCAUGCUUAGCUUGGGAUUUAUUAUUGAUCAUUUAUCAUUUAUGAGGUUAUUGGUUUUUAGGAUUGGGUUGGAGGUAAUAUGGCUAACUAAUGGGUAU